AUUCUCUCUCUCGUCCCUCCUAUGGGAUGUCCGUGUUCAAAUCCAUUCUUUCCCCCUCCACAUCUUCUCCACAUCCACCGUCAUUCUGCCCCCCGGGAAUCCUGGUCUCGCUCAGUUCAGAACUUGUAAUCCAGUCUCCAGCUCACCUGGCUCAGCCCGGUCUUGUCCUCUCUCGGACGACGGCCCUGCUUCUUUUUUCCAUUCUCCUCAGCUGAAGAGACGCAACAGAACCGGACCUGCCCGUACUUUGUGCUUGCAUUGCCCUCACCAUUCAUCCCAGUCCGGUCAGCGUCAGCCUUGAGUCCUUGAAUACCUGGCUGGGUACCUAGAUAGGUAGGUAUCCAAUCUUGGCCUGCCUGGCCCGGGCCCUGGACCUGGACCUGGACCUGGAUCUCCAUCCGAGAGAACGAACGAACGUCCGUUCGUUCCAACCACACGCUCGUACACAGACGGAGAGACCCUCCCCCCAUAUCCAUCCAUCCAUCUCCAAUUCCACCUUACUGCACGCACCUUACUCUCACCCACCCUCACCUUUACUUCGACCUACCUUACCUUACCUCUCCUUGCCUUGCCUUACAUCUCAACCGCGUCCAACUUGCUUGCACGCGUGUACACCCUUCUUCUCUUCACUCUGCAUCGUCUUCUCUUCUACUCUUCGACUUCCGUUCCUGGUCCAAAAGGGGGUUUCUGGAUCCACUGGUCGCAUUACUUGGACAUCCGAGAGCCCUUCUGUCUGUGUGCCUUUUUCGUCCUCUACAGCCUUUCAUCUGUCUUUUGCGCCUUACUCUCGUUGAUCCCUCUCCUUCACGCCAUCUGGGGUUUCCUUUGCUUCAUAUCGCUUCUUCGCCCGACAUUGUCAUCGUAGUCCCUCGAAGAUUACCCGUCGUCCUCUUCUCGGCUCGUCGAGUCUGCGAACUACGCCCACCGCCUCCGACACCCACCCGCGCCCGCGCGCCGCGAGCCACAACAUCAAUCCUCGACGCGCAUUCCUCAACAAACGACCCGAGAGAUUGGCCCAUAUGUCUUGACGAUGCUGACCACGUCUCCCGAGAGCAUCCACGACUCCUUCGCCCGCAUGCUCCCUCUCGGCCUUGUCUGUUGGUUCUUCGCGUAGAAUAGUGACGCUCUGCCAUGAUGCAGACCGCCCCCAGUCUCGUGGGAACUGGCACUGCCGUUGCUGCUGCGGCCCUCGGUCUCGUCUUUGCCCAUCCCGACGACGAGUUAAGUUCCACACAGUCUGCCUCGAUCAAGAGGAAACUAGCCUCCGAACAAGACAUUCCUCCGAACCAUCGACUGUCCAGUCCCCCUGUCUCGUCGCGCCCUGGCACCAGUUCUGUAGCCCAGCUUCCGACUCCCACGGACGACGUCCGCCACGCGACCCUCCCCAACCACCAAUUCUCCUUCUCGACCACGAACGAGCCGUCGUCCGCGCGCCCUCACCGCCCACUCAGCUCGCACUUCAGUUUUGCACCGUCCUUGCUGCACAGCAGGAGAGCGUCGUACGCGAAGCAGGGAGAUCAGACCGCACCGCCCUCAACGGAGGACCCGAGAGACUCUGUUUCGUCCAAUGGAUCCUGGAUGAGGCGAUUGUCACUUCGCCCAUUGUCACAACACGGAAGUAUCAGAUCAAGCCUAGGUCUCGACAGCAAUUCCCUCGCCUUCUCAAACGGUUCCGCCGCCCCGAUUUUGUCGCCUACUGGUUCGAUUCCGCCGCCGCUGCCUCCGAAUAAACUUGUCAAGCGACCGCCUUCGGCACACCAGAACGGCCCUGUGAUGCGCCGCCGUUCCAAGACGCACCUUCCCAGUCUUCGCCGGCCCGCGACGAGCCACCAAAGAUCAGCCACUUUGCACCAAAUCCAUCACGACGCAAAUCUCAUCGAACCCAUCAUCGAACCCAAGUUCUCCUUUGACCACUACCUCCAACCCGCCCGAGACGGUGCCGCCCUCCCUCCACCACACACAAGCGCCGACUCGGCCUUGCAAACCCCGAAAUCAAACACCAAGUGGACCUCAUUUUUUCACACGCGCAGAGCCAAUGUCAUUGCACGAAGCGCUCCCGAUCGUCUGAUUGACCGCAGUCCUAGUACACGAUCCUUCUCGGCAAUAACAAAACGCAUAUUGGUAUCCAGUGACGCGAAACAGACUGUAUACCUUAUUAGCGGUGGUAUGCUGGGGGGCACCGUUGCGUCUCCUGAAGACGUCCCGUCUCUUGUCGAGGACGACGCUGUGAUUGACGACACCCUCGACGUGAUCGACGGCGGAAAAGAUACCGAAGAAGACAAUACCCCUGCGACACCAGAGGAUACGCCGACCAAGCGCUCGCGCAUCUCGAUGCAUUUCAACUCUCCGAACUGGAUCCCAAGGGCGGGCAGCCUCCGACGAUCGAAACGCGGCGGGGCGGGGUCUAAUGACGGUGGUGUUGGGAAUAAGCGGCAUGUGUCUGCGCCUACGACGAUAUCCCCCGGUCGCGCUCCAGACGACUAUGCUGCACCUGCAGACGCAGACGACUUUCAAUCGUCGCUGAACCACCCAACAGGCACCAGCCUGAACCCCGCUUCCUCUGCGCAGUUCAUCCCAUGUGACCGCAACUCCUCAUCGCCCUUGCCUCCGCUAUCGCGCCUAUCCAGCUUCAACGUCGACAUCUCCAGGCUCGGCGCAUCAGGAGGCGCCGCCCCAUCUCCACGCUCCAUCCACCCUUCCGGCAGCUCUCAGGCCUCGUCAGCGUUCGCCGCAUACAAUCGCAGCGCGCAGACUGAUCGAAGCUCAACCAUGAACAGCUCCGACUUCGAUGCCCGAGAUUUCAUCUCGGGCGACGAUGACGACACGGACUUCAAGAGUGAGACCGUCUUUGACUCGCUACGGACUGCCGAGUCCGAUCGCAAUCGUGCGGCCGAGACCCCGCUCGAUCACAUGUUCGAUGAGUCGCCGCCAAGCACCGCCGGACAUCCCAAGACCAAGCGACUUUCCAUCCAAGAGAUCCUAGGCCGCUCGUGGGAUGCAGACGACAGGAUCAUGGAAGAGGACGAGAACAUGCCGACGCCGGUUCGUGUUAACCAUGAGCCGAGAAUACGCACUGACUCCGAUGUGAUGGCACCGCGCUACAGCCUCGAACGACCCUCGAACGAGUACUCGCUUGGGAGUAAGGACUUUGGCCGCUUAUCAAUCGAAGACGAUUUCGACGACGACUGGGCCCGCGACGAGGAUGAAAUGGCUUAUAGCAAGCAGCUCUCACCCCCGAGCUCGAUGAACUCGCGCGGCGUCAGCCCUAAUUUGCGCAUGGCGCUCGCUAGCAUCAGCGGUAACGUCAACACUGAUGCCACGCAUGACCCCAGCGAGAGGCCUCGCAGCAACAUAUUCGACUGGAGCGAGCCGACACAAGAGAAGGUGGAUCACGGUAGCCACUUUCGUCCCAAGACGGCCUAUGGGAAACAAGAACUCGACAUCCGAGGUGGUCGCGCCGCGAUUCGGAAGGGACCUACAGCCAUGCACGUUCGCAGUCAAAGUGUGCCCGUCGUCCACGAUCCUACCGAUAGCGCGACGAUGAACCCAAAGUUUGGCACAUGGGGACUGAGCAGCAAGACUGUGAGCGAGGACUGGGACGAUGAUUUCGAAUUUGGCGGCAACGAAAACGAGGACAAGGAAGACGACAACUCAUUCGCCAUGGUCGUUCCCGCUUCUAUCCAGGCCUCACAGCCAAGCCUCAAGCAACACUCUGGACACAUCAGGGAGUUGUCUCUGCUCGUUAACGACCUCAAACGCCUAUGUCGACUCGGCCGGGACCUGGACAUGCUUGGGGGCUCCAAUGCCGGUGUCUGGAAGGAAGCCGAGGGAAUCAUCGCGCUCGCGUCGCCCGACGAAGACGAAUUGGAGGGCAUGGACGUGGACUCCUCCUCCGUCAUGAGCGGUUUCGAUGCUGUGUCGCCCGCCCCUGUCGAGAAGGAAGACCCCUUCGACGAGGUUCUCGAGUUGAACAUGUCUAAGACGGCUGUCAUACGUGAGCGGCCCGCCGGCCGCAGACGUUCGGUCUUCUCGCCAGACGACGACAUCUUUGGAGGGAAUAGUCCCGCCCCGGACGAGCUUCCUUCUCCACGGCCGAGGACACCUGAGAACAACAUCAACAUGGGCGGUCACGACGUCACUGACAUUGUGAGAUCAGUCCUCGAUGCUAUGCAGCAGCGAUCAAUCUCCGACUCGGCACGCGACGACAAAGUACAUUUUGGCACCAACAGCCUCAAAGCUUUGGUCAAACGCGCAGGCGACCUUAGGGACAUACUUUCCGAGGUCGUUCGCCGUGCUGACCAGAUCACAUCGAGCCCAGCCCGGACGCCCCGCCAGCACAGUGACAGCCCGGCCUUCACCCGGGUUUUCACCCCCGAACACACUCCGUCGCCGUCCAGCCCACCAAAGAAGCUGCCCCAAAACCGGAGUACAAAUUCUGGGCUCGGCCGCGGAUCAGUCGAUGCUUCGCCUUCGAGCGGCUUGCAACGGAUGCAAAUGAUGACCGUCAGCUGAGGCGAGGGACACGAUGUUAAAUCACAACACCAGAAAUCCCGAUGAUAGCGACAGGCUCUGCAUCCAGCGACGGGUCACAUUGACCCUGUACAUGUACGAUUAACUGUUGAUUUUUCUUGUCUGCAUAGCGACGGCCUAGGGUUUAUUGGGUUCUUGGUCCUUUUCUUUUACACGCUUCGACAUACAACAUAAAGAUGACCCGGCCACCUUCAUCGACUCGAUCGAUGCGCAGAACUUAUUCUACCGCGACACCUGUGACUGGCAAUGAGCCCAGCAUACGGACGCACUUCGGCUUUUUGCAGCUGGACUUCCCUAACGGCUUUUCAUUAUUUUCUUAAAACGAGAGAAGGCUUAUGACGACGUAAUCAUGUACGAUCUCGCCAUGUGAGUCUGCAGCCCGGGCGCGUGGACUGCCGGGCAGGACUACCACCGCCUAGUGAUGGAACGGGGGAACGAUGAUACGGGCAUGCGAAUGAGGAAGGAAGAAAGGAAAUGAUUAAGAAUGACAUCGAGAAGCGCACACGAUGCUUGACCACGUUGCGAUGAUGAGGGCAUCAAGCCAAACCAAAAAAGGUCCACCCAGUUCGGACACCUCUUUUCGUACUCUUUCCUCAACUUGUUAUGGCUAUGGUAUGUACAAUGGGUAGACGAACAGGAAAAGUAAAAAGACAGUCAUGCGUUUUAGGGCGGCCCGCUGCUUAUAUCAAGCAUUCGUUACAUCUCUCAAGGAUCCUGAUGGUUCUCCCAUUUGUCACAAAGCAUCUUCUGAAGGCACUCUUCCUCUCUCUUCCUUCUCCAAAUUUUCAGGAUUGUGAGACGCCACUGGGUGUAUGGCACAUGUAUUCUCUUCCUUCCUGUCAGUAUGAGAUUUCAUUUCGCGCCAAAUACUCUCUGUCGGGGGGGAAAGAGGAGGGUUAAUACUUUCUCGUCCGCGUCCAGAAAGUAUGGGCACUAUUCUUUGAUUCAUCUCAUCCCUUUUCGCUUCUUUGUCUCCCUUCAGCGGGAAGGAUGGCCGGAUACUACUAGGUUACCGUCGCUAUUCCAAUAAUACAUAGGGUUCGUGGUACAAGGCAGAAUAGGGACGGUCUUGGGCAUCUACCUACCUUAGGGUGUCCGGGUUCUAUGUCAAAUCCAGCAAGGGUAAUUGCAGCAGGUUGAUGAGCGCAGCAUAGAGGACGAUGAGGGAUGACGAUUGAGAGUGGAGAAUCACAC